GGUUAUGUUCUAUAGUCUAUGGUAAUAUGGCGGUAGCGACAUGUUGCUGACAACUUGAUAUGGGAUGGGCGUCAUUUUAAACGAAUAUAGCUCUUUUUUUCUCAAUAGUGAUAAUGAAUACUGAUAUCGCGGCAAAUAAAUAUGGCGAUCAAUUAAUGUUAAAAUCGUUUACCUUUAAGAAACGACAGGUUUCAUCGAAAUUUAUAGAGAGAAAGUGUUCAUUUUGUUACGUCGGCCUGUCAAUAGUUAAUUCUUGUGGUGUAGAUAUCGUGUUGUUUUAACAUUUCAAAGCUGUAGUUUCGAUAAUAUAGUGCAUCUCAUAAAUGUUAAAAUGGCCCGGGAAUAUGACCAUUUAUUUAAGCUGUUGAUGAUAGGAGAUAGUGGAGUAGGUAAGAGUUCCCUUCUCCUGAGAUUUGCAGACAAUACUUUUAAUGGCAGUUAUAUAACUACAAUAGGAGUGGACUUUAAAAUACAAACUGUAGAAAUAGACGGUGAGAGAGUAAAGUUGCAAAUUUGGGAUACUGCUGGACAAGAACGAUUUCGGACAAUAACUUCAACUUACUACAGGGGAACUCAUGGCGUUAUAGUUGUAUACGAUGUGACCAGUGGUGACUCAUUUGCAAAUGUUAAACGGUGGUUGCACGAAAUAGAGGAAAAUUGUGACGUUGUUAACAGGGUACUUGUAGGAAAUAAGAACGAUGCGCCUAAUCAGAAAGUAGUGCUUACGGAAGAUGCACAAAGGUUUGCCAAUCAGAUGGGAAUUCAACUAUUUGAAACAUCUGCCAAGAAUAAUAUCAAUGUUGAAGAGAUGUUUAUGGCAAUAACACGGCAAGUAUUACGGACCAAAAGAGAACGGAAUGAGCGUCAAGCUAUACAAACGAAUGAAACAGUUAAUUUGAGAAAAAAUACAAAACAGCAUAGGAAAAAAUGUUGUUAACAGCACCGCAAGAACGUGCUAACUGUUAAUAAUAUUAUUUUAUACAAUAAUAGGAUAGAGAGAAAAAAGAGAGCGAAAGAAAGAGAGAGAAUACAAUAGUGAGUUCAUGUUUGUAAAAUAACGAACAUGAGAUGCCAUACAUCUUGAUAUUUUCUAAAAUCAUCAAAUUUUGUACCACGAUUAUGAAAUUUAAGAUUGCUUCCUAAUGAAAGUUUACUUUGAACUCUAUCUACAUUCAAAACCUGAAAUCUCCUGAGCAUUAUAAAGCUUAUUCAGCCAAAGUGAUUCUGCGCGGUAUUCUAUACGUUUUUAUUCGUACAAGAAUACUAUUUGACGCUGUAAUAAGAACAAAGUUUAUUUAUUUUGUAAGAUCUACAGAAAAAAAAAAUUAGUGAAAGAGAAAUGGAAAUUUUUAUUCCUCUUUUACAUUCCUUGGAAAUAAAAUUGGACAUUUUUAAAGAA